AUGGCGACUUUACAAAAAAGACGUAACGGAAGACGAAAUAAUCAAGACGAGACACCAAACAAAUUAAAGAAGAAAAGUUCUAAAGUAACUGAACAAAUUGUGGCUACUCAAGACGAAACUCCGGUGUCAAAUGUUGUUGUUCCAGUGGAUUUCGAGGAAAAAAUUAAACCAAUAAACAAUGGAAUUUCUUCUUCACCACCAUCACCACAAAAUGAGCAAGCUUCAUCCCCAGCGGUAACACCAAGCAAAAAGAAUAAUACACCAAAAAAACGAAAAGUUAGCAAACCACCGCCUGUAGAAGAGGUGACGUUAGAAGAUAAGUCGGAAACUAUAUCAUUAGAUCAAACUGUGAUAGAGCAACCAGUUUUAUCGAUUAAGAAAGAAAAAGGUUCUUCUAUUCGAAAACGUAAUCGAAUUUUACCUCAAAGAGGGAAAAAAAUUAAUAGUGAUACUCAAUUACCACAAACUCCAUUACAAACAACGACGCAACUUCAAAACGAAAUACCACAAGAAAGACCACCACCACCUUCGUCACAACCUCAAUUAGAGAUACAAAAACCCCAAAAAACGAGAGGUCAUUCGACUCAGAAGCGGAAAGUUAAAGCUCCAGUAUUUACGGUAUCAGUAGUCACGGAGAAGGAAGAUCAAAAACCCACCAGCAACGCUGUUCCUAUAAUUUCACCUGAAGAAGCUAGUACCUCUACACCUAGAGUAGCUAUUAAAGAAGAACCUAAAGAAAUUAAUGAAAUUACUUCGCAAAAAAGACCACCGAGAAUAGUAGUCAAACCAAAAAGAAAAAGGAUAAUCAAAAGCAAGGAAACCAUAUCUAGUGAUGAUGAAGAUCUGGAUGAAGAACCUGUUAUUCCAAAUAAUAUUAUGAAAGCACAAACAAUUAGUGAAUCAUCAGGAUCAUUAAAUUCCCAAUCUAAAUUAUCAAAGAAACGAGGUAAUGCAAAUGGUACAGUCACCAAUAAAGACGCGGCUGUAAAAACUCGUAUCACUAGACAACGAACAAAAACAACAAAUAAGGGAAAGACGGGUAGAGGUCGAAGGAAAUUGAUUAGAUUAGACGAUGAUGAUAUUGAAAGGGAUAUAUCCAAAUUUUCUGAUGCAGAGACUAUUAAGAAUGAAACAGAUGAAAAACUGGAUCAAUUGAUAAAUCAUAUCUCUGACAAUAGACAAACAGUAGAGAGUGGUGAACAAGAACGGGAGCAAGCUGCUGUUGUUAAUUUGCCAUUUGGUGGUAGAUUAACAACAGAAGAAGCGGAUACAUCGAAGACGCGUCCAGAUAAUUAUGAUAAAGUGAGAUUCGAGAAUGCUAAAAACAAGGCUGAAGCUGCUAUGCAACCAAGACAAGAAAUUACCUUUGACAUAGAAGAUCAGCCUCAAAUAUUCGCAGAUGCUACUCCAAAAAUAAGGUCGAUCAGAUUUGGUGACUGGGAAAUGGAUACAUGGUACGUAGCUCCCUAUCCCGAGGAAUAUAGUUGGUAUCCAACUCUUUAUAUUUGUGAAUAUUGCUUGAAAUAUAUGAAGAGCAAAUAUAUUGCAGAUCGACACAAGAUGAAAUGUCCGAUGAAACAUCCCCCUGGUGACGAAAUUUAUCGAGAUGGACAAAUCUCGAUCUUUGAGGUCGACGGACGUAAAAAUACUAUCUAUUGUCAAAAUUUAUGUCUCUUGGCUAAAAUGUUUUUGGAUCACAAGACACUUUAUUAUGAUGUAGAACCGUUCUUGUUUUAUGUUAUGACCGAAAUAAACGAUAUGGGAUGUCAUUUUGUGGGGUACUUUUCUAAGGAAAAACGUUCCCCUUUGAAUUAUAACGUGUCAUGUAUUUUAACGUUACCCAUUCAUCAGCGAAAAGGAUAUGGAAAUUUACUAAUUGAAUUUAGUUACCUUUUAACAAAAAGGGAAAACAAAACAGGAUCACCAGAGAAACCUUUGUCUGAUCUUGGUCUUCUCAGUUAUCGUUAUUAUUGGCGCAACGUACUUUUCGAAGUGCUAAAUAAUUCACCAGAUGCUCUUAAGCUAAGUCGUGCAACAAGUAUGACAGUCAACGACAUUAUAGCCACCCUUCAGAUUAAUAAUAUGUUGGUGAGGGAUGAAGAAAAUGGCACAUAUAGGAUCGUUGUUGACAAAGACUUAAUUAAGAAUCAUCUUGAUAAGGUGACAGCCAAAGGGUAUCCAAGAAUAAAAUCAGAAAAUCUUCGAUGGACACCAUUUAUUUUAACAAGGGUCUUGCGAAGAGUACAGGAUCUUGAAAACGAAAAGAGCUUGGAUAUGCAAGAACAACAGAAUCCAAUUGAUCGUAUUAAUAAAUCAUUCGAUGAAAAUAUGGACGCUGAUGAUUAA